UCGUCUAUUGCGGCGCUCCUGAUAAAAACAUAAUAAGGAAUUUACUACCAAGAAAGUCGUAAACGUUUUCUGUGAAUUUGGGGCAGGCAGUUCUUGAAACUCGAGUGACUUCUUAUAACUUGGGGUUUUCCUCCUGCGUCUGGGACCUGGGUGCUGCACCUCGCGUGCGCGGAUCCAGGAUCCUCCUUCCCGCCGCGCCUCCUCCCCUGGCUCCGCCCUGGGAUCCUUAAGUUUUCCUCCGUCUCCAGCGCAGGGAGCAGCGGCGACUGCGGGCGUGGUGGAGCCGCGCGCCCCGGGAGUGGGGCUGCAGGGAGCGUCCCAAGGACCAGUGAGGAGGACGAGGGAUCCGGAGGCCUGCACCCCCCUCCCGCCAGCCAUGCUGACCCUGGCAUCCCUGCUCCCCGUCCCCAGGAUGCUCUGGGCCCUCCUGCUCUUGGCUGCCUCCGGCAGUGCUGAGAGCACAGAGUGGGACAGCCCCAGCUGCACCGAGGGCGUGGUCUCCGUGUCCAGGGGUGAGUCAGCUGUGAUGGCCUGCAACAUCUCCAACCCCUUCUCCCACAUCAACAUCACCCUGUGCACCUACCGUGGGGAGAGCCGGCAGCUGGUGUUCAGUGAGCCGGCCCCAGGAGACUUCUCCCGGGAUGGGUGGCGGCUCUGGGUUCAAGGAGGCCAGGCGCAGCUGGUGAUUGAAAAGGCCCAGGACGCCCAGGCAGGGCAGUACCGCUGGAUUCUUACGGGAAACCAGAGAAACUCUGAAAUCACCACCCUGAACGUCUCAGAGCCCCAAGACACAUUCUUCACACCUUCCUACGGCCCGGAGACGCUGCUCAGGGAGCUCAGGCCUGAUCCUGAGGGCACAGGCCAGGCGGUUGUCCUCAUCCUCGUCAUGGUCGCCCUGGUCGCCCUGGUCGUCCCACUGGCCUGCAUGUUAGCCUGGCGCAGAAGGCAUGGUGCCCUGAAGCUCUACAAGCUCCUGCAGCAUUCUCUGUUAUCUUUAAGGGCAGCAGCUGGGCACCUGAGGGGCUUUGGAGCAGAGGGGCCUCAGAGCAGGAAUCUGCCAGGUGUCUGGACCCCACAGUUACCUCGGAGACACUCUAGUCUGGCGUUCUGGCAUCUCAGGUUGAUUGCGGACACACUCCUGUCUUUGGACUAUGAGCAAGAACAAGCUUUGGGGACCCUCCUGCCAGCAGCUGUGGGGGCCAAGAUGCAGGGGUUCGGGGCAUGAGAAGGCGGCUUGGCCCCACUGCCACUGCUCAAGGGUGCAGCAGCCUUUGGCUGCAGGGGCCCCUCUGGAAUCCAGGCCGAUGCAUGGCUGCUGGCGCGAUCUGUGCCCACCUCCCCCCACGUCUCCCGCGGAGCUCCUCCCCCGACGCCGCCCCGCCUACCUGCUGGCCCUUCCAGGUCCCAAAUCUGUUGAUGCCAGAUAUCUUCAUAAUCAAAACCAUGUAACUCCACUGAGCAUAUUCUUAAAAGGUACCUAUAGGGUGAUAAAAGACAGGAUUCUUCUGGAAGUGCUGCAUUCAAGUGCGUUGCAAACAUCCAUAAUGCCAGCCCUUAGGCUGAGCAAACUAAACCAAUGAGCAAAUCACCAACUGAGCAGAGAAACACACUUUCAAAUGGGAAAAAUAAAAAUCUGCCAGAAGCUG